AUGCCCUCCACACCUUGUUCACUAUGUCACACUGCAAGGGCAUUAGUGAAAAGGCCUAAAACAGGUCAACAAGUUUGUAAAGAUUGUUUCUUCGAGGUGUUCGAGACGGAAGUUCAUAAUACCAUCACGGAGGGGAAAGGGAUAUUCGAAAGGGGUGAGAAGGUAGCUAUAGGUGCAAGCGGUGGGAAGGAUUCGACGGUCUUGGCACACGUUUUAUCUGUAUUGAAUAAGCGAUACGAUUACGGGCUGGACCUAUUUCUACUCUCUAUCGAUGAGGGUAUUACUGGAUAUAGGGACGAUUCGCUGGAGACCGUCAAGCAGAAUCAGAUAGAAUAUGGUCUACCCCUGAAAAUUCUCUCGUACAACGAGUUAUACGGAUGGACUAUGGAUAAAAUCGUCGAACAAGUAGGCAGACGUAAUAAUUGCACAUUCUGCGGUGUAUUCAGAAGACAGGCGCUAGAUAGAGGAGCAGCGCAACUUGGAGUAGACCACAUCGUCACAGGACACAACGCGGAUGAUAUUGCUGAAACCGUGUUGAUGAACAUUAUGAGGGGAGAUAUCGCUCGUCUUGGACGAUGUACCGCUGUUACUACUCAAUCUGAAGAUACGAUCAAGAGGAGUAAACCUUUUAAAUACGCUUACGAGAAGGAGAUCGUCAUGUACGCAUACUUCAAGAAGCUCACUUAUUUCUCUACUGAGUGUAUCUAUUCUCCUGAUGCCUACCGAGGACACGCUCGAGUAUUCUUGAAAGAUCUCGAAGCGAUUCGACCAAGUGCUAUAGUAGAUAUCAUACAUUCUGGAGAAUCAUUCCAGCUAGAACAAAGUGUGCAGAAGGGAAUGAAGGCGAUGCAAACAUGCUUGAGAUGCGGAUAUAUCUCGUCGAACGAUCUUUGUAAAGCAUGCGCUUUGUUGGAAGGUUUGGAAGCAGGAUUGGACAGAUCCGCUUUACGUCAAACACAAGCCAACUCUUCGACCGCUCCCGUCGGUCACCGUACCAUCCCGAUGUUCGAGCGAUACAGUAACAUUGGUGUGGCUCAGCCUACCGAGGGAAUCGAAAACGCCGUUCAAACUAUCGAGAUCACAUAG